GUAGCUGCCAUCUUUAUAGUGUAUACAGUUAGCACAUCUCUAUCCAUAGCAAUCCAACCCCAUCCAGACACGUGGUAACAUCGUUGUCAUGCACGGUCUCUGGAUCUUGCUAGCCUUGUCUCUCAGUGGGGUGCACAGUCAGUUCCCCAGAGGUUGCACCACAAAUGAAGCAUUACAGAAAAAGACCUGUUGCUCAGAAUGGACAGAUGGAACCCCUUGUGGUUCUGGAUCAGGACGUGGAAAGUGUCGACCCAGUGUGGUCCCUGUUAUUUCUGUUUUGAAUGAAUCGUUACUGUAUGAUGAUCGAUUGAACUGGCCACAUCACUAUUAUGAUAGGACCUGCGAGUGCUUUGGAAACUACAGUGGUUUCAAUUGUGGCUAUUGCAAAUAUGGUUACUAUGGUGAUAAAUGUGAUCAGAAAAAGACUUUGGUACGGAAAGAGAUCCGGGAACUUACUUUGGUAGAGAGGAAAAGGAUCUUCAGUUACUUGGCUCUUGCUAAGACAACCAAAAGCAAGGACUUUGUGGUGCUCACCACCGGAGACAGACACAACCGUGACACAUAUACAUUUGUGGAUGCUUCAGUCUAUGAUGUGUUUUCUUGGAUCCAUUAUUACUCCAUGAAGCCAAUUAUGAAAAAAAGUGUAUUUAUUGAUUCAAAAAACUAUGCCCACCAAGGUCCUGCUUUCCUAGGGUGGCAUCGCCUGGGACUUUUGUUCUUGGAGAGAGAAAUUCAGCUCAUGACUGGAGAUGAAGACUUUGCUCUUCCAUAUUAUGAUUGGAGAGGAGAGAAGAAUUGCUCCAUCUGUACCAAUGAUUUCCUAGGAGAUAAUGAUGCGCAGGGGAACCUGAGUCCUUAUUCCCACUUCUCCUAUUGGAAGGUUAUAUGCAGUGGUUACGAUUGCCCAGAUGUCUACUGCCGAAACCAUGAAGAACAUACAAUGGAAAAGCUGCUGAGGAAACCUGGCUCUGACCCUCUGAAUAGCAGAUUCCCCUCAUUCCAAGAUGUAGAGGAUACACUCAAGUGGGGGGACUUUGAUACUCCUCCAUAUAAUGAGACAUCAAGAAAAAGCUUCCGGAACUCGCUAGAAGGAUAUCUGAGGCCUUCAGAUGGAGAAACCUUGGAGUUGAGCAUGCACAACCUUGUCCAUAUGUACUUGGGAGGAACCAUGGCCCAAGUGCCCAUCUCCACUAAUGACCCAAUGUUUCUGCUGCACCAUAACUUCAUUGACAAGAUAUUGGAAAUAUGGAUUAACAAAUAUAAUGGGACCCCAGAACUCUACCCUGAAAAUAGAGAGCCUGGCCAGGGGCCCUAUGAGUGCACUACCCCCUACUUCCCCUGUUAUCAAAAUAAAGACCUUCUCCAGACGUCUCGUCACUUUGGAUACACUUUCUCUAAAUAUCAAGAGUUUGGGCCUGGAGACAGUGAUGAGGGAAUUGUCACUGCAGCCACCACCUAUAUCCCUGAUCAGCCCCAAACAUCUGAUCCCAGCCUGGAACCCUCUUCUGGUCUAAGAAACCCCUAACUAUUAAUCUUAUACCCUGGAAUAAUUUACUGCCCUCACCUGUCUGAUCCCAGCCAUGAACCCUCUUCUGAUCUAAUAACUCCCCCCCCCACUAUUAAUCAUAUACCUGGAAUAAUCUACUGCCCCCCCAUGUCUGAUCCCAGGCUGGAACCCUAUUUUGCUCUAAUAACCCCCUACUAUUAAUCUCAUACCCUGGAAUAAUUUACUGCCCUCAUGUGCCCCCAGUCAUGUGAUCUCAGCCUGGAAGGGUAAAGGCAGGUUGACAAGGAAGGGGCCAAGGAAUUAGGGCAAUGUGAAGGCUACUCAUGAGUCAGA